AUGCUGCCCCACUAUCCGAAGCAGUGGAUGAACGACUACGAUGGAUGGCAAAGCUGGACCGAGGACCUUAGUAAGGGCCAUGGCUAUGUAGCUCUAAAGAUCGUCCAAGCCAAUACCACAGAAGCACGGAUCCUCAAAUACCGCGCGCAAUGUCCACGUGACCAUCCGGGAAGCAACCAUGUCAUGAAACUACGAGAUCAUUUUGUAAUCAAGACGACGAAUGGAUCCUAUGAUGGCCUUGCUCUCGAGCUUGUCGGCUUAAAUGUUUUUACGGCAUUAGAAAACUCGCCAUAUGGGAAGCUUUCCCGUGACAGGGCUCGGCGGGCAUCUGUACAAGCCGCAAUGGGAUUGACAUAUAUGCACCAGUGGAAGGUUGGUCACGGAGAUCUCCACUCUGGCAACGUCUGCUUCGCGGCAUUAGACAUGAAUAAUCUCAGCGAAGCCCAAAUAAUGAGCCACCUUGGUCCACCGUAUCUCCAAGCUGUGAGGAGGAGAGAUGGUAAAGCUAUUUUACCCUCAGUACCUAGUUACACGGUAAAACCAAGCUCUUUUACUCAAGCUAGAGGUGGUAUUAAGAUCAUUGAUCUUGGACAAGCCUUCUUCUUUGACCGGAAACCGGAACGUAUCAUUACUCCAGUCAAGGUUAAGGCCCCCGAACUACUUUUAUCCACAAACUCUCUCAGUUGGGACUACAGAGUCGAUCUAUGGGCGCUGGGUUGUUUGGUAUACGUCAUCCUUUUCUAUGAGUUCUUCGUGGGCAAGCCGGCUUUUAAUACCUUAACUCCAAAGGCUCUAUUAUUGGAAAUGACUCGCAUGGUUAGGGAUCCACCUCACCGCUGGCAGUCUCAAUUUAAUUCUGAGGAAUUUUUGAAUCCUGACGGAACCCCAAGGGAGAUAUACGAAGGUCCAAGACCCCUAGAAGAGACCCUAAAAGCAGACUAUGACUUUCUAGGGGGGGAUAUGACUCCCGAAGAGCUUAAACUCUUAGCUGCAUUAUUAAGAGAGCUUUUGGUCCUCGAACCAGAGGAGAGAAAAUCAGCUAGUGAAAUAGUAGACAAUCCAUGGCUUUGUGGGUCUUGA